GACAUUUUUGUGUUGGCUCAUGAAAAUCUGAAAUUAGUUCUGUAAAUCAUUUUGAAUUUUAACUGUAACAAGGAUGUUUGACGUGGCAUUGGCGAGUGCUGGAUCGCAGGUCGUGCUGGCAACUUCUCAUGAUGACAAACACCCUCCAGAACACAUUAUCGAUGGAAAUACGGACACCUUUUGGGUGACAACUGGCAUGUUUCCUCAAGAGUUCAUUGUAACUUUCACAAAGAUGAUGAGCAUGAAAAAUAUAGAACUGUCCACUCAUAAUGUGCGGAAGUUAUGUAUAGAGCGCAGUGUACAACAUGAUCCAGUUGACUUCGAACCUUUAAAAGAAAUAGAAUUAGAUUCAUCAGAGGGCCAGUUACAGAUGGGAUCAGCAGAUGUUGGAAGUGUAACUGCAGUUCACUUAAGGGUUGUGAUUGAAUCCGGCUAUGAUCAUUUCGUGUCAGUUCAUAAACUACAUGUGGAUGGCGCAGCAGUUCCAAAUUGAUACCUGAGCUGUUUACUUGAUGGACAGAAGUUGAUCCACAAACUUGACAAAUGAAAAAACCAAUAGUUCCAGCCAACAGGUGGCAUGUGAUGACCUGCUGAUUUAAGUUAUGUUCCUUCAUUCCAUAGCCUGAUCAGACAUUUUGUUGCUCAGUGUGGGUCUACAUGGUGAUUCAGAAAGAGAUAAAGAUUUUUGCACUUAUUUAUUGAAGUGAAAGCGCUUGUUAUACUGUGAAGGUAGGGCUUCACAGUAUGCAACAGGGCUCACAUGUUUGUCUAGAGUAUCGUCAGACAUUAAAGAGGUAACAUGGUCUUCUUGUAGAGUGUUGCUAUACUGGAAUGUACAUGUAACCAGAAAAAUGUCAAAAGUAGUAUGAAAGCUUGUGAGAAACUGGACUCACAAUUGGUAAACCAUUUUUUAUUCUCAUGGACCACUGUGAUGUCAUUCUCACCUUUGUUAAUUAAAUUCAACUGAGAUUCUUGUAAUAUAAAUAACAAUAUUAUAUUUAGUA